ACGGGGGGGAGGACAUUUAGGCGGGGGAGGACACUAUGGCGUGUAACACCGGCCUUGUAGCGGUGCCGUGGCGGGGCGUGUAGGCGUUGACAUCACUCACGGUCAACGGCACUGCCCAUACACUCAGUCCACCCUGGCGAGGACCUCACCAAUGACCUCCAUGAAAACAGGGUCCCAGACAAGCCAGUUGGUCUGAAGGCCGUGGCGCUGACUGACCACAUCAGGGUGUGCUGGCAGCCCCCCGCACAGCACAAUGUGCUGCUGUGCGGCUACACCAUUGCCUGGGACCAAGGCGUGGCGGACAUCUACUCCAAGAUCGUGGACAGCAAGCAGCACGGUUACAUCAUUGAUAAGCUGGAACCCAACAUGGAGUUUGUGAUAAGCCUGCGAGCCUUCAACAACGUGGGUGACGGGCAACCGGUGUACCAGCACGUCCGCACCCAGCCAGAGGAGGAGGAGGUGGUGGCACCCACGCUGGACCCGGCAGUGUGGGUGAAGGCCGUGGUGCUGACACCCUUCACCGUGGUGCUGCAGUGGGCAGACACCAUGCUGAGCCAGAACCAGUACAACAGCUGCACCACCUUCUCGUCCUCAUCCUCCAGCCGCUACGUCAACGCCACGGAUGUGACCUGCCUCAUUGACAGCCUCAAGCCAUCAACAGUGUGUGAGUUUGCUGUGAAGACCAUCAGGGUGAGGCCACAGUGCUGGAAGCCUUCGUUCUUCUUUCAGUAAAUAUUCACUCAGUCCUGCAACACUUCUCAAGGAAAUCCUGCACAGCUGAAUCCUUGCUGUGAUGAGGCACAGAGAAAUUAUGACUCAUGGGGUGAGCUAUUAUUAGUGUUUGAGAUAUUGAUUUUUUCAUUGACCUUUUGCAAAUACUUAAAAAUGAACCUUACAUAAUGGUAUUAGAAACAGCACAGCAGGGUUGGCAAUGAUUUAAUCAAAUUGAUUUAAUCAAAUGAUUAAAUCAUUGAUUUUAUUUGUAUUUUUUCUGAGUAAAAGUAUUCCAUAGGUAAAAUGAUGUGCUCCAAAGAUGAUAAAGUAAAACAACCUAUUCAUGUGCAAUGAUUCAUUUAUUCUCUUCAAAGUAUAAAAAAAAAAGAUUCCUACGUUAUUAUAUCCUCCUGCGCUAAUGUUGCCAAUUUGACAUGUUUUUUACUAGGUAAAAAAUCAGCCUCCUCUAGUCUUUACUAACUUGGCUGGCAAUGUAUCAUAAUAGCAACCAAGGUUUGCAACCAAACCGUAACAGAAUAGAAGUAGAUAUUCUUCUGUAUGGUAAUAAUAUAAUAUUCUGUCAUGAAAAUGACAACUUCAGGCAACUCUAUCUGUCCUAAACCUGCUCCUGUACCAACUACAAACAAGUACUGAACAAGUAUGUAUCUGGAUCCUUGACUGUGCUCAGACUUACAGGCCUAAACUUAAACUUAAAGUAACCUAUGGAAACUUAUGAAUCACUCAC